AUGGCUACUAUGGAAUCUCUAAUUAACUAUCAGGAUGAUUUAUCAUCCAGGAUUUUCAAAGCUGAAGUUAAUUAUAAAAAGUCUCCCAAAGAACGCUUGACUAGAGAUUACAUAGACAACAGAUUACAGGCAUUGAUAGAGAUGUGGGCUGAAUUUAGACAAGGGCAUAAGGGGUUAUUCCAGAUAUCAGAUCCAAAAUUGUUAAAAAAGACAGAUUACAUAGUUAACGACGUUUACGAUCAAACAGAACAAGUGGUUUUGAGUUACAAGAGUGAAUUGAAACAACGUAUAUCUGCUAUGUCAACACCCACAGAGUCAGUAGACAAUAGUAAGCCAAAUUAUCCAUCUCAAUCUCGAGUAAAGUUACCUGAGAUUCAUAUUCCAAAGUUUGGAGGUAACUACUCAGAAUGGAUAACUUUUAGGGAUUUAUUUGUUUCAAUGAUACACAAAAACCAAUCUCUCGACAACGUUCAACGUCUACAGUAUCUAAAGGGGUAUUUGACGGGAGAGGCCGAACAACUUAUUCGGUACAUACCUGUAUCUGAGGUUAAUUACGAUCAAUGUUGGAUACUGUUAGAACAAAGAUACAGUAAUAAAAAAUAUUUGGCACACAACAUUUUGAAACGGUUUCUAGGUCAACGUAAUGCUACUACUGUAUCUGCAGGCAUAUUAAAGGACUUUAUUGAUACGACCUCAGAUUGUUUAAACGCGUUAAUCAAUUUAGGAAUAGAUGUGUCUACGUGGGAUAUAAUGAUAAUACAUCUGUUGAGUUCAAAACUAGACCCCGAGACACGCAAGGAGUGGGAACUGCACAUUGCUAUAACAGUAGCGUCUGAUUGUUUACCAACUUACGAUCAAAUGAAAGAUUUCUUGUAUGAUAGGUUUCGGGCUUUGGAAUGUAUCGAACCUAAACAUUUCAGUAAACAGUCAGCGUCCAAUGUGCAUACCGGGCAGAAUGUUAGUCAUACUAGGGUUUUACAUGCGACUAAUGUUCAAAAAUUAUCUUGCGAGUUUUGUGGUGAGGAACACAAAUUAUGUUUUUGUAAAGAGUUUGCGAAUUUGGGUUAUGAGAACAAACGUGACUUUGUUAUAAAAAAUAAAAUGUGUUAUAACUGUCUAGGAAGCAACCAUGGUGUAAAGUUUUGCCGAUCACCCAUCAAUUGUCGAGUUUGUAAAAAACGGCAUCAUUCUUUGCUUCACUCAGGGAAAGCCCCCACUUCGACUGCUGGUUCAGGGUUUUUAGGUCAAGUAGUAGAAGAAGGUGCGGGGAAGGACAACAAUCUGAAAGGUUUAGAACAUGAUACGCAGCCAAUUGAGACUGCAAAUCACAUGGCAUGUUGCGCGAAGACUAAGAGCAGUCAUGUGUUAUUGGCAACAGCAUUGGUUGACGUAAAGUCUAGGACAGGCCAAUAUCACGUAUGUAGGGCUUUAUUAGAUCAAGGUUCUCAAGCUUCGUUCGUGACAGAAGCUACGGUCCAAGGUUUGGGACUAAAGAAAAUAAAUGUGACUAAUGUCAUAUCAGGCUUGGGUGAUGAGAAACCUUCUGUGUUUUCUAGAUCUAUGGUUUCACUUACACUAAAAUCUAAACUAGAUCCGAGUUUUGAGAUAGAGGUAGAGACGUAUGUUCUUAGCGACAUUACGUCAUACUUACCAGGACAGAGAGUUUCUUUAGACAAUUGGGUUGAAUUAUCGCAGGUUUAUUUAGCUGAUCCGCAAUUUAACGUACCGAACAAGAUUGACAUUCUUCUGGGAGCAGACGUAUGUAGUCAGAUAUUAAGGAAUGGGUUGUUACGGGGUCCUACGGGUUCGCCAGUAGCACAGUGCACCACGCUUGGGUGGAUAAUAUCUGGACCGAUAAAUACAGCUGCUGAUGAAAAUCGUGUUACAGUGUUGCAUGCGUGUGUAGAGGAUUUGGAUUUAAAACGCUCUAAGGUUUUGGAUAUGGAAACUUUAUUCACGUCAAGAAAGUUAACAUCUAAAAAACAGCGACGCGAAGAAAUCUUUGCAGCAACCACUCGCCGGAGUGCAAAUGAAGAAUACGGAGUGAAGUUACCAUACCACGAAGAAGUGUCUUCCUGUAACCAAGAGGAAACGUCAGUCAGAAGAUUGAACACAUUUAGAACGAAGAUUUAUUACGGAUACAACAAGCUAAAGAACAGAAGAUACACAGAGGAUAAUACACAGCUAGAACACAUGAAGUUAAAACAGGAAACUAAGUACAACACAGAACAAGCAGUAUACUUACCACAUGCUGAUAUGAAGGGAAAUAGAUCAACUGCGAAAGUGGUGUUUGACGCAUCCGCAAGUGGAGUUAAACUGGGGAAGAAAGAAUAG